AGGUGGGGCGAGAAUCUGAAUAGCAAGGAAACACUUUAGAAGUGCUACCUGUCCUCUACUUGUAUCUUAAGGAGGCAUGAUAUGAACGAUAUUAAGUAAACAUCUUGAAGACUCUCCAGAACUAAAAAUUUCCUACAUUUUUCGCAAAGAUCGUACAUUUUACUCGAAGUUUCUACAUUUACUGCCCAAGAAAAACAAUACCGUCUUCACGAUUUCAAACGUCAAAAACGCAUGAAGGGUUCUUCACGGCUGUUGCAGCCUUUAUGGCGGGAAACGAGAGGUGGACUGUGCCAUAAUUUCCGUUCUUUUUCCAGUAGCGCAGCUCCAAAGCCUCCCGGGAAUGUCAGUCGGCAACCAGAUGGAAGCUUUCGCACGAUUUUGUAAGCGCUUAUUUUUCACUCCAAUUCAGAUGAGGUAUGUUUUUUUUUUUUUUUUUGUAGUGCGAGCGAGUUCCGAUAAAUCAAAACCUACCUGCGAACUUUCCGCGUAGCUACCGGCGUAGGGGGGAGCUCUUAAUCUCCUUAACUACGACGCUAAAUGCCCCUACGAUUUAAAAUGCAGAACCCUAGGAGCAAAGGCCGGGAAAACUACAUACCUAAUACCUGCCACCCGGGGCGUUGCCCGUCUCCCCAUUGCGCGCUUUUUGUGAGUGCUACGUUUGGGCGGCGGAGCGCUGUCCGCAUAAACAAACUAAUUCAUUUUUGGCCCUAGGUGGAGCUGCGCGGCAUCUCGUUGCUGAAGUGAACUCGACGGAUGUUGUUGACUAAGUAAGAGCAUGCAUGUUGAUUAGAUUGGUGAAGGACGGCUAAACUCUACUAGUUGCUUAAGGUUUUGCUUCAUCUUCAUGCGUCAUUUUCUUCUUGUGGCCGGCUCCUCCCGUAUGGUAAGAUUGCGGUCUACAUCGGCAUUAUUAUUUCAUAGAGAUUUUCCGUUUCCUUUUCUAGUUAGGGCUCCGCUGGACUUCGUAUAGGUAGUUUCCCAUCCACAUCCACAUAGAAUAACUACAAUGGACCCCAUCCAUGAUGUUGAUCGUCAUAGAAAAUAUAGAAGUCACUCUUCACCUGAAGAAGAUCUACUUUCCUCCACACAGUCGAUCGGCUUUUUCUGUAGGUAUGACGGCGAAGAGGAGGUGUUGACUGCUGCCCAGUACGAGGAGAAGCAACGACUGAUAAAAGAACUGACUCGCCGGUUGAGUGGUCCCUUAGCCGAUGAAAACGGCAAUGUUCCCACCGGAAAGGACCGACCAAUUGCUAUCGAGGUCGAUGGGCCAAGCCAUUUCUACGCAAAUUCACAAAGAUAUACAGCGUACUAACUUAUCAUGUGGUAAGGGUAGUUAGGUAAAAGGGAUGAUGAUGUUCAUGUUUUUGAUGUGUUACGUACUAAUUUCUUUCGGAGCUGUAUGAAGAGAUGUGUUGAGUCUAGGAAAAGAAAUGGUUCAUCUGGGCUUUCGAAAAAAGUGCGUCUUGAUCUGAUGUCCCCACAAUUAUAGACACUACGCUCUCUCAUACCAAACAUCAAAAUCAGAUAUUCGAAGCUGAAACAUCGACUAUUGACGAGAAUGGGCUACAAAGUGCUUCACGUGCCUUAUUUUGACUGGAGGCGGUUGAGGGGUGCACGCGAGCGAGAGGAGUACAUGCGAAACAAGCUGAAGGAAGAACCAACCGAAUGGCUAGACCCUGAUGAUGCAAAGUUAAGGCUGAAUUUAAGUAGUAUGUGUAAUUCUGUUUGAUGUUUUCAAGACUGAAUUAUUACUGCGGUUUAUCGGAAAUAGGUUAUUGUACUGUUUUUAUCAGAUAAGUAGCGCACAGAACGAAGAUGAUGGUGAGACUACAACUAAGCACAAUAUUAACAAUUGUUGGUUUCUUUUACAUCCGGUAUGUGGUGAUAAUUCUAAGAACAUACUACGAUCGAUUCCGCAACGGACAGAGUGCAGCAGUGAUGAACACGGCGUCGACUGGUCAAGCCGGGACAUCAACACCAUCUGCGGCAACAACAGCUACCACGAGCUUUGGUUCUACAGCGUCAGCUACGGCGCAGGCGAUUUGAGUGUGCCGUUGUCGCUUCUUUGGUCCUAUGGGGGUUAAUCUUUUCCCAAGAAAAGAAAGUAAUACAUACAUAGUAUUUGCAGGCAGUGGACGACUUGGGCUAGCAUCUGGCGAAUAAUAAGUUUUGAAAAUCUAGAUGGAACACUUGAUGAAAAAAUAAUGAACUACGGAAAGAACAACGCCGGUUUUGUCUGUUUUCUUCUCGCGGGAUUGAUUGUCACUGACGAGAAAUGAACUACUGGUGGGCAAGGAAAAAUGUCAAAUGAAGUCAUCGCAAAAAAGUUUGUGGGAUAUUUUUAUUGUUCCAACAGCUAAUGAGGAGUUCUUUGACAGAUUGGCAACAUGUGUCAUCUGUCAAAUGGUGUCCCAAACAU